UUCUAAAGUUAUAAAUAAAAUAAUAUUAAAUGUAACAUUGAUUAUAAUUUAUAAUAUUGCCGGAAUUGGUAAACUACUACGCUAUAUAGUUAUGGUGAAUACUGAAUAGGUGACUGCUAGGCGCUAGUCUCUACUCCGUCCACUGUCAUCUCUGUUCUGUUGCUCUUUGCUCUUACCGGUCAACCUGCGUCUACCAUCGUACCAUACUACCAUGCUCGCACUGCUCGCAGACUAGCAGUGCCAUUGUUGAAGUUCCACUGGGCAGUUCUUAUUUCGCGUUUAAUCAUUUUUCAAUACCAAUAACCUGUGACAGUAUAAAAUAAUAUAUAAUAUUGUUAAGUUCUGUUCAGUUAUAUUUAUUAUUUACUUGAAAGUUCAGUAUGCACCUGCUAUAGAAAACUAGAAAAGUGCAAAUAUGGGUGAUUCAGAAAUUUUGACGCCUUUAAUAAACAGUCAGGACUCUUUGAGCAGCCAGGAUCAAAUAUCUAAGCCGGAGAAUACAAAUGCGUGGGGACGUCUAUAUCCAGAAAACGAAUAUUUAAAAAUUGAAGACCUAGUGAAGGAUAAUUAUAACGCAGGUCGUCAAACUAAUGAUGUUGACUUUCAAUUUACAAAACAGUGUUUUAGUUUAAAAGUAAUGAAUCAUAUUAGCAAGAUUCAUUUCAUUAUAAAUCGCGAAAAGAUUGGGACAUUAGGUUAUGUAGUGUUUAUUACAGACACAAGUGCAAAUGGAACUUUUUUAAAUGGUGAAAAAAUUGGAAAAGACAAUCGUUGGAUUUUAUCAAAUAAUGACAAAAUUGCUGUUGUUUCUAAAGCGAAUUGUGUGUAUACAUUUACUGACAAACGUUCUGAUUAUGUAAAUUGCCCACAAAAAGUCAGGGAAAAAUUUGCUGUUUAUGGUAUAUUGGGUAGAGGAACUUUUGGUGAAGUCCGAUUAGCUUUUGAAAAAAAAACUUCAAAAUGCUUUGCAUUGAAAAAAGUGAACAGGGAAAGUUGUAUUGUGUUAAGGGAACCUGAUAUUUUAUCAAGCUUAUCUCAUCCAAAUAUUGUAAAUAUGGAAAAUUUCAUUGAUACUACUGAUGCGAUUUACAUCACUUUGGAGUACAUGCCCGGAGGAACAUUAAAACAACUAAUAGAAAAUAUGAAACGCUUAAAAGAAUCUGAAUCUAAAAUCAUUUUGUAUCAAGUUGCUCGAGCUGUUCAGUAUUUACACAAUAGGUCAAUUGCUCAUAGAGAUCUAAAACCAGGAAACAUAUUGCUUUCUGUUAAGUCUCCUAUGAGUGUUGUAAAAUUGGCUGAUUUUGGUUUAUCUAAAAAGAUAACAGAAAACACUCAUUUAAAAACAUUUUGUGGUUCAUUAGCGUACCUUGCACCAGAAGUAUUUUCAAAUAGAAAAAAUUUAACUCAAUCAUAUAUUAAAUAUACUAAUAAAGUAGAUUCAUGGAGUUUUGGUGUUAUUUUAUAUGAAUGCUUAAGUGGUCAUAAACCUUUUGCUGGUGACCAUAUUGAAGAAAAGAUUUGCAAAGGAGUAUACAAUGCCACUAAACUUAAAUUGUUUAACACUUCAAAUGGUGUUCAAGAUAUAAUCGAGCAGUUAUUAACAAUUGAUUAUAAUAGAAGGUUUGAUUUUGAUAAAAUAUUGAAACACAUUUGGUUUGAAAAGGAUAUGUUUAUGAAGGAAAAAGUAGUCAAACUUAUUGCUGAAUUUUCGAAUAACUCAAAACCAAGUAACACAUUUUCGUCUAAUAAAGAAAAUGUUACUAAAAAAAUAAAGUUUUGUUCUUGUCUUACACAAGAUACUUGUUCUGAGUCUGAACAUACAUGAAUAGAUUUGAAUAUGUAUUUAUAAAUUAUAUAAGAAAUAUUUUUUUUUUU